AUGAUAACUGAUAAGACCGAUUUACCCUCGCUUUUCGACUUAAACUACACUCCAAUCAAAUUUUGGUUAAACGAUGACGUAUCAGCAAACCCUAAAACCCCUCCGAUUCAAUUCAACCUCCUCCAAUUUCAUUCAAACGGAGAAGAGGUCUUGAAGAGCAUGAUCCGAUUCGCGAGACCAAAACCUAUAAUCGACUCACUGAGUUGCGAUCUUCUCCAGAAAUGCUACGCUAGUGGAGCCCCCAAUGGAAAGUCCAAGCUGAAGACAGCCCAAGCGUUGAAGCGCAAAAAAGCCUCCAUGAGAAAAGGCGGAGGUGGAGAGGAGGCGGGUAAGGGAAACGGAAGAGUCUCCGACGAGAAGCAGAAGCUAUACGAUCAAUGCAUAAACGCUCCUUGCCCUUUUCGUUACCUGAGACCCAAGGAGAGAGAGCGAGAGGCGAUGCGAGAGAAGCUAGGGCUAAUCAGCAAGGACAGGCAACGAGAGACCGAGAUCCAGAGAAAAGGCGGACUUUUCACCAUGGGAGUCACCGACGAGCCGAUGAGGAUCGGGACUCCAGGGUUGGACUACAUUUCGUUAGGGAUUUUCACGGAGGAGGAGCUGCCGAAGUACAAGGUCACGGUGGAGGACGGGAGGAGGCUGGCGAAGGAGUACAGUAGAGUGCUUAUGAAACAGCACAGAGCGAGACGUGUGGAGCAGUGUAAUCUGAUGAAUAUGAAGAAAGCUGCGAUAGAGGCAUUGCCGGAGAAUCUAAAGAUGGCAGCUUUAGAGCCUGAUUCGACUCCAUUUCCGGCGAAUCGUGGAACGGCUACUCUUACACCUCCUAUCGAAGGGUAUCUCGAGAAGAUUAUGGAUGCAGCUAAGAAGAGAUCCACUUCUUACCCAGUAGAGAGCAAUGGGAAGAGUUUCAAAGCUACAAGACCACGAUUCUCUGAGGAACAUCAUAGUUUAAAAGCUGAGGAAGUAUAGUCUUAAUAGAAUCAAAUCCUGACUAGUGGCUAGAAUUCAUCUAAUGACCUCUCCGCUCCCAUUUGUUUCCCUUAGUACAGGUGCUAUUUUGGAGCCCUAUUGAAUCCUGAGUCUUUGGUAAACUAAUCAAGCUUGUGGAUCUCUGAGUUCUUGGAUCACAAAAUUUAUAAUUCUACAGGACUUUUUCAAUGCCACUAAAACAAAGGUCC